UGAACUCUGAGUUGUGACAGGCUGCUUAACAUCAAACCAAUUAGCAGUAAGUCGGAGGAUUAGAGGCAGCAGCUGAUCUGCUGUUAAUGGGAUGACAGCUGAUCGGAGGUUUGGGAUGAUGAGUCGCAGCUCGCUCACAUUCACACUUUUUCUUCUACAGGAAAAUAUCAGCGUGGACGAACAGAGUGCUGAGCCAAUCUGACGGUUUGAUGGCAGACCCCUCUGCCCUCCCAGCACUAUGGACUGUCCUGACCUGCAGUUUGGCAUUAUGGGUCUGAAAGCAGGAGUUCUGACUGAGUCGCAUUCAGCUGCUUCUUUGCGGAAAGCUUUAAAACUCUGAAACUCUCACAGAUUCUCAAACUGUUUCUUACUGAUACCUGACGCUGACUGAUUGCUGAUUUCAGUUGAGUGUUUCAGUCACACUACAAGGUUAAAAUGCCUUUCAUGCCAGUGAAGUUCAACCUGCAGAAGCGGGUGAAGCUGGCUCAGGGUCUGUGGAUGCUCUAUUGGUUCUCGGUCAUCACGGGGAUUCUCAUCUUCAGCCUUGGAAUCUUCUUCAAGAUCGAGUUGAGGAAGAGAAGUGAAAUGAUGGACAACAACGAGAGCCAUUUAGUGCCCAACCUGCUGAUCUUGGUGGGCUUGUUGGCCUGCGGGGUUAACGCCUUCGGAGGAAAGGUGUGCCAUGACUCUCUGGAUCCGAUCAAGUUUGCUAAGUGGAAGCCGAUGUUGAAGUCAUACCUGCUGCUGUGCUGUGGCUUCAACGUGCUGCUGCUGGUGACGGCGAUACUCUGCUUCCUCAUGCAGUUUGCUGUGUACCUGACGCUGGCCGAGGGCCUGAAAAACAGUAUCAAGUUCUACAAGGACACAGACACACCAGGACGCUGCUUCAUGAAGAGGACACUGGACAUGACGCAGAUCGAGUUCCGCUGCUGCGGCAACAACAACUUCAGGGACUGGUUCGAGGUGCAAUGGAUCAGCAACCGCUACCUGGACAUGAGCAACGACGCCGUCAAAGAUCGUGUCCUCAGUAAUGUGGAGGGGAAGUACCUGAUGGACAGCGUCCCAUUCAGCUGCUGUAACCCCGGGUCACCUCGACCCUGCAUCCAGCAUCACCUGACUAAUAACUCCGCCCACUACGACUACGACCACCGCAUUGAGGAACUCAACAUCUGGACCCGGGGCUGCCGUGAAGCGCUGUUCUCCUACUUCAGUAGCAUGAUGAACAGCAUUGGAGUGCUCAUCUUUACAACCAUUAUCCUGGAGUCGGUGGACAUGGCAGGCUUAAAGUACCUCACCACAGCUCUGGAGACGAUGGAGGACCCGGAGAACCCGGAGUGUGAGAGUGAAGGUUGGCUGCUGGAGAAAGGCGUGAAGGAGACAUUCGGCGAGCUGCUCACCAAGCUGAAGACGCUGGGAAAGACCAAUCAGGUGGAGGAGGGCGAGGACGCACAGGGGCCAGCCACCUGAGGGCCCUGACCACCACAAAGGACUGAGGUCUCCCCCCUCCCCCACCUCCCUCUCUUCCAGAAAACAGGGCAUGAGAGAGGAGGAGUCUUCUCCACCGUUUGUACAUACACCAUCAUACAUGUGUUAAACCACUACACACAUUUACGUGCAUUCAAAGUGAACAAGUCAUUUAAACUUACUGUGAGUGUCAGUAUUUCCCAUUCUGUAAAUAUGAUGAACAGAUUUUAUUUUUAAACAGAAUGAAUAGAAUCCCG